UUUUACCCCGACUAGUCUGGAUUUGAUUUUUUGUGAGAAUUGUUCGAUUUGCAAUGUCUGACUGGAGAAUUGCUCUUAAGUGUUGUGUUGUUUUCCUUGUAAUGACUUCAGUGACGGGUGAUUAUCGUAACAUUUUGCGACUAUGUAAAAUUGAAUGUGAGUUCAUUGAUACUUUGAUGGCGAACUAUUCAUGCAAAAUCAAGGCCCUAAGUCGUAUCAGAACUGCAAUCUACCUCGAAUUAAAUCUGAAACGGUCGAUUACAGAUGUGUUGGUCAACAUGCAAAUAUUCAAGAAGAAUAGUAUGCACUAUAUUCCGUACAUGGUCAACACAACUUUCAAUGCCUGCGAUAUCCUUGACAAUGCCACUAAGAAUUGGUUCGCCAAGUUCAUGUUUAGCUGGAUACAACCGCAUUCAAAUUUUGACCAUCCGUGCCCAUAUUCGGGACAUAUUUAUAUCAAACGGUUGGAGCCAUUUGCAGAUAAUAUUCCAGGAUUUAUAUCGGUUGGUGACUAUCGCUUAGAUCUGCAUUGGUAUGAAAAAACCUUAAAAAAAUGGGUCGGCACUGUUCGUGGCUAUGGGACAAUGACGGUGAAACCCUUUAUCACACAGGACAUGGAAUAGCUUGAACUACGAGGGAAAUUCUGGAUGGAAGCAGAAAAUUGGAGGUUUUUUGAACAAUUCAUAUCUGCAGUUUUCUAGACAAAUCUGGAAAUAAAAUACU